GCGGCCGGAACAUGGCGGACCAAAUCCCGCUCUACCAGGUGCGUAGCGCCGCGGCGGCCGCAGCCAACCGCAAACGCGCGGCCUACUACAGCGCCGCGGGGUCCGGGCCAGGAGCCGACCGGCACAGCAGGUACCAGCUGGAGGAUGAGUCUGCGCAUUUGGAUGAAAUGCCACUAAUGAUGUCUGAAGAAGGCUUUGAGAAUGAGGAAAGUGAUUACCAUACCUUACCACGGGCCAGGAUAAUGCAAAGGAAAAGAGGACUGGAGUGGUUUGUCUGUGAUGGCUGGAAGUUCCUCUGUACCAGUUGCUGUGAUUGGCUGAUAAAUAUUUGUCAAAGAAAGAAAGAACUGAAAGCUCGCACAGUAUGGCUUGGAUGUCCUGAAAAGUGUGAAGAAAAACAUCCCAGGAAUUCUAUAAAAAAUCAAAAAUACAAUGUGUUUACCUUUAUACCUGGGGUUUUGUAUGAACAAUUCAAGUUUUUCUUGAAUCUCUAUUUUCUGGUAAUAUCCUGCUCACAGUUUGUGCCAGCAUUGAAAAUAGGCUAUCUCUACACCUACUGGGCUCCUCUGGGAUUUGUCUUGGCUGUGACUAUGACACGGGAAGCAAUCGAUGAAUUUCGGCGUUUUCAGCGUGACAAGGAGGUGAAUUCACAGCUAUAUAGCAAGCUUACAGUAAGAGGUAAAGUGCAAGUUAAGAGUUCAGACAUACAAGUUGGAGACCUCAUCAUAGUGGAAAAGAAUCAAAGAAUUCCAUCGGACAUGGUGUUUCUUAGGACUUCAGAAAAAGCAGGUUCGUGUUUUAUUCGAACUGAUCAACUAGAUGGUGAAACUGACUGGAAGCUGAAGGUGGCAGUGAGCUGCACGCAACGGCUGCCGGCUCUGGGGGACCUGUUUUCGAUCAAUGCUUAUGUUUAUGCUCAGAAACCACAAAUGGACAUUCACAGUUUUGAAGGCACAUUUACCAGGGAAGACAGUGACCCACCCAUUCAUGAAAGUCUCAGCAUAGAAAAUACAUUGUGGGCAAGCACCAUUGUUGCAUCGGGUACUGUAAUAGGUGUUGUCAUUUAUACUGGAAAAGAGACUCGAAGUGUAAUGAACACAUCCAAUCCAAAAAAUAAGGUUGGUUUGUUGGACCUUGAACUCAAUCGGCUGACGAAAGCACUAUUUUUGGCUUUAGUUGCUCUUUCUGUUGUCAUGGUAACCUUACAAGGAUUUGUGGGUCCAUGGUACCGCAAUCUUUUUCGGUUCCUUCUCCUCUUUUCUUACAUCAUUCCCAUAAGUUUGCGUGUGAACUUGGACAUGGGCAAAGCGGUGUAUGGAUGGAUGAUGAUGAAAGACGAGAACAUCCCUGGCACAGUCGUUCGGACCAGCACUAUCCCAGAGGAACUUGGGCGCCUGGUGUAUUUACUGACAGACAAAACAGGAACCCUCACCCAGAAUGAAAUGAUAUUUAAGCGGCUCCACCUGGGCACCGUGUCCUAUGGAGCCGACACAAUGGAUGAGAUCCAGAGCCAUGUCAGGGACUCCUACUCACAGAUGCAGUCUCAAGCUGGUGGAAGCAAUGCUGGUUCAACUCCACCAAGAAAAGCCCAAUCUUCAGCUCCCAAAGUUAGGAAAAGUGUCAGCAGUCGAAUCCACGAAGCCGUGAAAGCCAUCGUGCUGUGUCACAAUGUGACCCCUGUGUAUGAGUCUCGGGCCGGCGUUACUGGGGAGACUGAGUUCGCAGAGGCUGACCAAGACUUCAGUGAUGAGAACCGCACCUACCAGGCUUCCAGCCCCGAUGAGGUUGCUCUGGUGCAGUGGACAGAAAGUGUGGGCCUCACGCUGGUCAGCAGGGACCUCACCUCCAUGCAGCUGAAGACCCCCAGCGGCCAGGUCCUCAGCUUCUGCAUCCUGCAGCUGUUCCCCUUCACCUCGGAGAGCAAGCGGAUGGGCAUCAUCGUCAGGGACGAAUCCACGGCAGAAAUCACAUUUUACAUGAAGGGCGCCGAUGUGGCCAUGUCUCCUAUCGUGCAGUAUAACGACUGGCUGGAAGAGGAGUGUGGAAACAUGGCUCGCGAAGGACUGCGGACCCUCGUGGUUGCAAAGAAGGCGUUGACAGAGGAGCAGUACCAGGACUUUGAGAGCCGAUACACUCAGGCCAAGCUGAGCAUGCACGACAGGGCCCUCAAGGUGGCCGCGGUAGUUGAGAGCCUGGAGAGGGAGAUGGAACUGCUGUGCCUCACCGGCGUGGAGGACCAGCUGCAGGCAGACGUGCGGCCCACGCUGGAGAUGCUGCGCAACGCCGGGAUCAAGAUAUGGAUGCUAACAGGCGAUAAACUCGAGACAGCUACUUGCAUUGCCAAAAGUUCACAUCUGGUGUCUAGAACACAAGAUAUUCAUAUUUUCAGACAGGUAACCAGUCGGGGAGAGGCACAUUUGGAGCUGAAUGCAUUUCGAAGGAAGCAUGAUUGUGCACUGGUCAUAUCUGGGGACUCUCUGGAGGUUUGUCUAAAGUACUACGAGCAUGAAUUUGUGGAGCUGGCCUGCCAGUGCCCUGCCGUGGUGUGCUGCCGCUGCUCGCCCACACAGAAGGCCCACAUCGUGACACUGCUGCAGCAGCACACGGGGAGACGCACCUGCGCCAUUGGUGAUGGAGGAAAUGAUGUCAGCAUGAUUCAGGCAGCAGACUGUGGGAUUGGGAUUGAGGGAAAGGAGGGGAAGCAGGCCUCGCUGGCGGCCGACUUCUCCAUCAGGCAGUUCCGGCACAUUGGCAGGCUGCUCAUGGUGCACGGACGGAACAGCUACAAGAGGUCGGCGGCACUCGGCCAGUUCGUCAUGCACAGGGGCCUUAUCAUCUCCACCAUGCAGGCUGUGUUUUCCUCAGUCUUCUACUUCGCAUCCGUCCCUUUGUAUCAGGGCUUCCUCAUGGUGGGGUAUGCCACCAUAUACACCAUGUUCCCAGUGUUCUCCUUAGUGCUGGACCAGGACGUGAAGCCAGAGAUGGCGAUGCUCUACCCGGAGCUGUACAAGGACCUCACCAAGGGAAGGUCCUUGUCCUUCAAAACCUUCCUCAUCUGGGUUUUCAUCAGUAUUUACCAAGGUGGCAUCCUCAUGUACGGGGCCCUGGUGCUCUUCGAGUCCGAGUUCGUCCACGUGGUGGCCAUCUCCUUCACUGCACUGAUCCUGACCGAGCUGCUGAUGGUGGCGCUGACCGUCCGCACAUGGCACUGGCUGAUGGUGGUGGCCGAGUUUCUCAGCCUGGGCUGCUACGUGUCCUCACUCGCUUUUCUCAAUGAAUAUUUUGUUGUGGAUCAUGGUAAAACCCGUAUCAGAAAGUGCCUGCUCUUACCAUCCCUGCACCACAGAUGAAGGUGCGGUGCCCUGUUGGUCACUGCUGGCUGGUCCCCUGACAGGAGGCGCUGAGCCCCGUCUAUUACUGGCUGACUGGUCCCCUGACAGGAGGCGCUGAGCCCUGUUGGUCACUGGCUGGUCCCCUGACAUGAGCAGCACAGCCACUCGGGAGCAGCUGGGACUCAGACCCGUGGGAAGUGAACACGGAGCCGGACUCAGACCCGCGGGAAGUGAACACGGAGCCGGACUCAGACCCGCGGGAAGUGAACACAGAGCUGCGUGUACACCUGUCCCCAUCUCAGUGCCUGAGUGUUCGUGCAGUGGUGAAUCUCUAUGGAGGAAAAUGUGAAAUAUUCUUGUUCUUACAUAAAAGAACUCUCAGAAGAUACCCGUGGCUUCUAAGAAAUGGUUAUUUUCUAAUUCUAAUGUCCUAAUUAUUUUUCUUUUGAAAAUCGGCUUUUAGAAUAUUUUCAUGUAUGAUCAUGAAUUAACAUACUCAGGGACACGUGAACACGCUAAGUGCCACAGUGAGCUCACAAAAUGACAAAGACAGACGCCACAGACGUGGGCAGGACUCACCACCGCUUUGAGCGUCAGCUUUUGCAUCUGCAAACUGGAGAUGGUAUCACUUCCCGUUAGGAACGGGUCUGAAGAUCAGCAGUAACGUGCUUACGUACAUGUGAACGAAUGUGCAGAGCUCCUUUCGCACCUGCAGAACAUGGCCAGCCCUCCAGCACAUGCACCUUCUGUGGUGAGCUCCUCAGACCUGAAUAGGUCUCUGUCUCCUAGGGGAAUGCCAAGGUGUGUGGUUCUCAGACACAGGAAAUUUAACUGUUGGGUUUCAGUGAUGUUUAAACAGUUGUAUGGUAACAGGCUGGGAAAUGAGAGGUUAAAACCACAUUGAAAACGCAUCUUGCACCUGCCAUUUUAUUGCUUUUAAUGUGUUUCUUAUUAGUUUGCUAACCCCUUGAAAUACCCGGUAUCUCCUUUAAUCUGUCCUUUA